UCACAGUUCACACCCCUAUCCUCCAGCCUCCAAUCUCAUCAACCCACUCUGUUUCUGCUGAGUCAUCUCUCUGUCUUCUUCUUCAAAUGCUCUGUUUCUUCAACUAGCAAGAUUUCUCUGUUGCAUUCUUGAAGCUGGGUGGGUUAACUAGUCUCCCUAUUGCUCCUUAAACACAGCUUUAUAAAAACACUCCAAGCAUGUAAAAUUUCUUUCUUGAUUUCUCACAAAACCCACAAAAACCCAGAAAAAAAAAAAGUUUUCUUCUCUGUUUAUGCUUCAUAUCUUGAAAUCCUUAUUUGUAUUUGUGUAGCUAAUCUGGCUUUGUUUAUGUUUCUUCUUCCUUAAGAAUCACAUUUAUAAAAUCCUCCCCAGCAUGUAAAUCUAGUCCUCCAUUGAUUUCCUUCUAUCCAACAAAAAAAAAAACCCAAAAAAAAAUCAUUCACAAUGAAUUUCUCAAGUUUCUGAUACAUAAAAGCUUAGUUUCUGGCGAAGAUUGAUACCACAGUGUAGCAAAACCACUAUAAAAAUCGCCAAAUCAUGUAACGUAAGCCUUUUUAGCCUCUAUUAAUCCCAAAAAAAAAACCCAAAAAAAAAUCUUUGUUUUUGAGUACUGUGAAAUCCGAAAAAAAAUGGGUGAUUUGGAGCCGGCAACACCAGUGUCUGCUCCGGCAACGCCGGGAACUCCAGGGGGGCCCUUGAUAUCGGCGGCGAGAGUGGAUUCUCUGUCAUACGAACGGAAAUCAAUGCCACGAUGCAAGUGCUUCCCAGUCACCGCUCCGACUUGGGGCGAGUCUCACGCCGCCGCCUGCUUCACCGACUUUCCUGCCCCGGACGUCUCUCUCACUCGGAAGAUAGGAGCAGAGUUUGUAGGAACAUUCAUCCUGAUAUUUGCAGCAGCGGCAGGACCCAUUGUGAACCAGAAGUACAAUGGCGCGGAGACAUUGAUCGGCAAUGCUGCCUGCGCUGGACUGGCUGUGAUGAUCAUAAUCCUAGCAACAGGCCACAUCUCUGGAGCUCACCUAAACCCGUCCCUCACCAUUGCCUUCGCAGCGCUGCGUCACUUCCCGUGGACGCAAGUGCCUGCAUAUAUAGCAGCACAAGUCUCGGCCUCCAUUUGCGCUUCGUUCGCUCUUAAAGGUGCCUUUCAUCCUUUCAUGGCCGGUGGCGUUACUGUUCCAUCGGUGAGACUUGGCCAGGCCUUUGCGCUUGAAUUCGUUAUCACUUUCAAUCUUCUCUUUGUAGUCACCGCUGUUGCCACCGACACUCGCGCGGUGGGGGAGUUGGCAGGUAUUGCAGUUGGAGCUACCGUUAUGCUCAACAUUCUUAUUGCAGGGCCAUCUAGUGGUGGUUCGAUGAAUCCAGUUCGCACAUUGGGGCCAGCAGUUGCAGCAGGAAAUUACAGGGCACUGUGGAUUUACCUGGUGGCACCAACUCUUGGGGCACUGGCUGGCGCCGCCACUUACACCGCCGUGAAGCUCCGUGCAGAUGAGGCCAACCCACCGCGCCAGGCCAGGAGCUUCCGCCGCUAGAUAUGUGAGCUCUACUGUUGUGUAAUACUAAUACUAUUAUGUGUGAUAAUAAUGCUGCCCAUAAGGUGUGGGCGCAACUGUUGUGCAAUACUACUACUACUACUAGUGUGUCUGUCUGUGUGUGGUAAUAAUGCCCAGAAGGUGUGGGGCAUGAUGUGAAUAUUAUGAAUAAAGGGGCGAUUGUGACACUAAGUCCACGCCCCAACAGUGUGAGAUGUAUUUGUCUUUGGAUGAUGUUGGGCUCUUUUGUUGGCAACUUAAUAUGUAUUUUGUCUUGGUUUUGGUUGCCUAAUAACAACUACUUUUACCUUUAC